AAAUGCUCCGCUCAGAAAAAUCUCAGAUCGAACAAAGAAUUCUAUCCCUCCAGGACAAGCUUAACUACCAGAUCUAUCCACUUGACCACAUAAUCCUUAAAUCUAAAGACUCUAAUGGUGACACAAAGGACGUCUUGAAAAGACUUAAGGCUAACACUGUUGGAGGGUAUAAUAGAGACUCUUUCCAGUGUGUGCUAUUCGGAUGAGUGCAAAAGGCAGAUAGGAUGGUGAAAUAUGUGCUUGAAAAUGCAUUUCCGACACAGGUUGGCAAGCUCAAGAUUAAUUCGUAUUUUUAUGCAAUAGAUAGAUCUCUGCUGUUUAGAUAUUAUAGUUAUUCUGUGAUCAAAGUCAUACCAAAAGUCACAGAAACAAUUACUCUGCAUAAGUUUAUCAUUAACAAGCAAGAUUUUCAAAGAAUCAUGAGUAACUGACAACAUCUCCAAGAGAUCGAGUUUUCAUGUUGUACAAUCGAUUCUAUCGAUGCAAAAUUUAGAAGUAGAUCUGACUGAAGAUUGAACACCAUCAACUUCUAUGGUUGUGAUAAAGAAAAAUUUAGUGACUGGUUUAAAACGCCAUCUAAAUUCUUUAGCAUUCUCGAAGCCUUGGCUGCUACUACUAUCUGCAACUCUCUGACUCAUCUGGGAGCUCCUUUGGAACUAAUUUUCACAACCCCAGUAUCAACUAUAAAGAGAAAGUAUAAUCUAAACUUUCUUCCUCUUGAAAGAAAAUUCCACUUCUAA